AGAGGCGCUCACACAGAUACUGUACACACAGUGACGGCCGGACCUGGAGCCAACAUGGAGUAACCGAAGAUGGGGCUCGGACGGGGCCACCACCAGCAGCCACACGGGCGGGGCGCAGCAGCCGCCUGCUUAUAACAAGCCAGUCCCCGGGAGGUGCACACUGCUGCUGCCGCCGCCGCUCGUACACGGGAGGACUGCACAAGCCAGGGGGAUAGCUAGUCAUACAGCCUGGGAAAAAUGAGCGGCUCGGAGCCCCCCGAGGCGGGUGCAAGACGACGGUGAUCGGGACAAGAUGAGUGAGGAAGCCCCCCCUGAGGAUGACAACUACAUAGUGCGUGUGAAGGCUGUGGUUAUGAGCAGAGAUGACUCCAGCGGGGGUUGGUUACCACAUGAAGGCGGCGGAAUCAGUCGGGUUGGAGUCUCAAAAGUGUACCCAGAAGGCAUCGGAAGAAGUGACUUUCUCAUUCAUGGAGAACGAAUAAAAGAUAAAUUGGUGUUGCUGGAAUGCUACUUAAAGAAGGACUUAGUGUAUCAGAAGGCAACUCCAACUUUCCACCACUGGUCUGUUGACGACAGGAGGUUUGGUCUCACCUUUCAGAGUCCUGCUGAUGCACGAGCCUUUGACAGAGGAGUACGCAAGGCGAUUGAAGACCUCACAGAAGGAUCCACAACAUCAUCAUCCACAAUCCAUAAUGAGACAGAACUUGGAGACGAUGAUGUUUUUGCAACUGGUACAGACAGCUCCUCAAACUCCUCACAGAAGAGAGAGGCACCAGUGAGGACCAUCUCCUCUCCUCUGACUGGUGGUGGUUGCCGAUACAGCACCGUGAGUCACAUUGAUUUCUACAGCUCUGAACACUAUCCUCCAGAACAAUCAUUACCUAGACCACCUCGUCAUGUCAGCUUUCCAGAUGACGAUGACGAGAUUGUCCGCAUCAACCCAAGGGAAAGAAACUGGCUCACCGGUUAUGAGGAUUACCGCCAGGCACCAGUCCAACGCAAAUACUUGGAGACCGAGAACACGGACUCGUACGUUCGGUUUGCCAAAAACGAAUCCUCAAAACACGAUUACAACUAUCCGUACGUAGACCACACAGACUUUGGCACGUGCAAGGACCUUAAGGGCCCCGUCAUAAAUACACAGCCCAGCCGAUGUAAGUCCAGGAGAAAAGAUGGCGAAAGGUCCAGAUGUGUAUAUUGCAGAGACAUGUUUAACCAUGAUGAAAAUGGCCGGGGAAAAUGUCAGGAUGCUCCAGACUCGGUCCGAAACUGCAUCCGUCGGGUCAGCUGCAUGGGAUUCGCAGACUGUGUCCUUUACCACUGCAUGUCUGACUCGGAAGGAGACUACACAGAUGCUUGUUCGUGUGACACCAGUGAUGAAAAGUUUUGCCUCCGGUGGAUGCUGCUCGUCCCUUUGUCAAUCAUUGCCCCAGGCAUGUGCUGUUACCUCCCUCUUCGAGCUUGUUAUACCUGUGGUGUCAUGUGCGGGUGCUGUGGCGGCAAACACAAAGCAGUGGGUUGACGGGUGCGGGGCCAGGACGUUCUACCAUGUGUUUCUGUUAACUGUUUGCUAAGAAGCGAUUUGGCACGAAACACUCCCAACAAUAUGGGUGCCAGGGGCCCAAGCUUCCGAGCUAGCUGCACCGAGCCACAAGAAUUUCAGUGGCGGUUCGUAGCGAACUCGCUUUCAGCUUGGAAAGCCGUAUCACUAAACACGUAACAAGGCAUUUAACCUGAGUUAAGCUGUGUGAAUGGGAUGUGGACAUGUCGAUUCUGUCGAGCCGUUUCGGCCGCGUUGCGUCACCUGUAAAUAGUCUUGGCACUUCCAGAGAUGUGGUAUGCAAACGCCAUAUGAGAGAAAGGAGGGUUGGACAGCCCUGGAAGCAAAAUGGUUAAUGUUAAACUAAUUUUUUAAUCUGCAGCCAGGUAUUCUGUGCUUAUAACCUAGGGUAACAAGAGUACCAUAAUGCAGUAUUGCUCUUUCUCUAUUAUGCCAAAAUCCAAUUAUUUAUACGUAUGUAGUAUUUUAUGUCCAUUACCAUUUCCUUCAGGGUUUUUUUUUCCCCACCUUUUCAUACUUUAAUUCGAUAUCCCCGCUUUUUCUUAAUUUAUAAAGGAUUAAUUGCUACAAUAGAAGAACAUAAACACUCCCUUCAGUUACAUGGGUCGUGGGUGUUGUCAUGAUAUACGCUCUCCUUACAGUCCCUUUAAUAAUCCUGGUGACUAUAGAGGUUGACAAAGUUUAUUUUAUUUUAUUUUUUGUUUUGUUUUUCUUGUUUCUCAUGGAAAGGGAAUGGAAUAUUUUACUAAUUUCCUAAACAUGUUAUCCAUUUUUCUUCCGGUUUAUUUGAUAGUUCUUUUCCAUUUGCUCCGUGUGCUUGUUUGGGUGUCUCUGUUGUUUUUGUUGUGUUUUUUUACUUUCUUGCCCUACCAAACACUACACUUUUGGACACGGUAGUAUAAGUUAUGUUGCAGAAAAUUAAAAUGGCAGCUGACAAAAAAGAAAAAAGCUAUUGUAGAUAAAACAUGUAUUCUGCGGUUUGUAUAAUAGAUAUUUCUCAGCCGCUCGCUCCUUCCUGAAGACUCGCGAGGCGGACCAGAAUUAGGGAGACCCUUAAGCUGGUGUAGCCAAAUUACUAGUUCUUAUAUUAAGAGAAUGUGUUACUGUUCACAGUUCUGUAUGUAAUAAUGUACUUCUGUCGACAGCCUGUAAGAGCUUAGGCUUUUUUAUUUUCCCCCUUUUUUCUUAUUUUUCUCUAUAAUCUGGAAUUUUCCUUACAUCCACUUUCCUUUUGCAUUGUAUUUUAGAUGCAAGUGUCCCACCCCUUUUACACUAGGAAGAUUUCUGAAAAGUCGCACAAAGGGAAACUGUAGCGUGACGGCCAACCAUGUCUUGCCUUGGACAAAUGAAAGCUGAGAUUUUAUUGGUUGCUGUGGGCAAUGGCUCGUGUUUCCCUUUGCGCAAUUUUUUAAAUGCAUUUUGCCUUUUUUCUUUUUGAGUGAAUAGGCACCACAAAGAGGUGUAAGACGGCACAAGGUGCUUUUUUAGUUUUUUUUUUGUGAUGGCCAGUCUAACAGGUCCCUCUUUCUAUUCUAGACAAGCUCAUUGUAGUUUAAGACACUAACUUGUAAAUACUUGCCUUAUGAUAACGGUCCAGCAUACAACGAUACUACGGAUUUGCUUUGCACUGUCUUUGCUGCAAAUUUUUUUAUACAAAGAGGUUUUUUGUUUUUUUUAAAGUUUUUUUUUUUGUUUUUUUUCCUUGCUUUUCCGAGUUCCCUAUGACUCUUUGCCACCACAUUAUAGCGCAGUAUAGCACUUUUGUAAUCUGCCUUGGGUUGCAUUGAUGGCCAAAAGAUUAGUACUGAAGUACAGUCUGGGUGUACAGGGCUGUCUGCUGUAUCGCCAUAAUGUCUUCUCUGGUCUAGGUAAUGUUGAGUGGUUGCUCAAAAGUGAAAGACUGUGUCCUCGUGUAAUGUUCUGGACAUGGCUUUGUGUCUCGGGUAAGAAGCACUGGGGUGAUUUAAAGGGCAUCUGUCAGCAGAUUUGUACCCAUGAAAUUGACUGACCAGUUACAUGUGCGCUUGGUAUCUGAAGGCAUCUGUGUUGGU